AUGAAGAGGAAGAACAGCUGUAAUCAUCCUCCCUUCAUUGAUCCCUCCUCCAAUCCUGUUGAUCCCUCUGUAGCAAGUUCAUUGCCAUUUGUGGAUAACAGUAGGGAAAAAAUGAAGAGGAAGAAGAACUGUAAUUAUCCUCCCUCCAUUGAUCCGUACUCCAAAGUUGAUCCUAGAUCCACCAAUCUAGUUAUUCUUAGCUCCUCUAAUCCAGUUGACCCCUCCUUCAAUACAUCAACUUCAUCCAACCCUAUACCCAAUCCAACAAGUAUGAAGGAUAAGCGGCGAUGUCUCCCAAUCCCAAUUUUGAUUUCAAAGAUUAUGGAGGAUUAUGGAGUUGUGAUUCACUCAAGCGACGCUAAUUCCACUCCCAUGAAUCCGAUUUAUGGUGGGACAAUAAAAAAGAGUUUGGGGCAAGGGAAGAAGAAGAAAACUCAGCAGCCACAAGUUGAAAUUGAGAAUGAAGUUGAAGCUGAGGAUGAAGUUAAAGCCCAGGAUGUCCCAAAUUCUUCCACAGGUGGUUUUCCUCCAUUAACUAUAUCUGGACAUUUGCUUAUACAAAUGGGCAGAAAGUUUGAGCAAUUUCAAAAUACUCAAGAUGAAAUAAAGGAAUCUCUGAAGGUGAUCGACAAUGCUUUUGUUGAAUAUGGGUUUUCUGGUUUCCGUGCUGGAUAUUCAUCUUCUACACUGAGGCUUUGUGGCUGUUUUCACCCUUGGAAAUUCAUCUUCUUUGCUCUUU